AUGCAGGUGGACCCACAGAAGUACAAGGGCAUUCUUAAUGGAUUUUCAGUUACACUCAAAGAGGAUGGUUUCCGUGGUUUGGCCAAAGGAUGGGCCCCGACCCUCACUGGCUACUCCCUGCAGGGGCUCUGCAAGUUUGGCUUUUGUGAAGCUCUGAGUGAGGCUACGGAAGCUGCUAAGGUUCGAAUUCAAACCCAACCAGGUUAUGCUAACACUCUGAGGGAUGCAGCUCCCAAAAUGUAUAAGGAAGAAGGCUUAAAGGCGUUCUACAAGGGGGUUGCUCCUCUUUGGAUGAGACAGAUACCAUACACCAUGAUGAAGUUUGCCUGCUUUGAACGUACUGUUGACAAGUUUGUGGUUCCCAAGCCCCGAAGUGAAUGUUCAAAGCCAGAGCAGCUGGUUGUCACAUUUGUGGCAGGUUACACAGCUGGAGUCUUCUGUGCCAUUGUUUCCCACACUGCCGAUUCCGUGGUGUCUGUGUUGAAUAAAGAGAAGGGUAGCAGUGCCUCUCAGGUCCUCAAGAGACUUGGAUUUAAAGGUGUAUGGAAGGGACUCUUGGCCCGCAUCAUCAUGAUCGGCACUCUGACUGCACUACAGUGGUUUAUCUAUGAUUCUGUGAAGGUCUACUUCAGGCUCCCUCGCCCUCCUCCCCCUGAGAUGCCAGAGUCUCUGAAGAAGAAGCUUGGGUACACUCAGUAGAUAAAUGAAAGCAAAUAUGGACUGAAUCUGCGUGUUGAUCAGUGUUUGAGGAAAAUGCA